AUGAAACGUUCGGAGUGUCCUGUGGGCUCUGUGGAUUUCCGUGCACUACAGUGUUCCCUUUAUAGCAACAAGCCAGUUUUGGGGAGCCAAGAGCAGUAUCAGUGGUUUCCAUUCUAUGGAGCCACAAACCCUUGUGACCUGAACUGUAUUGCCUUGGGUUAUAAUUUCUACUAUACGUUUGGAAAAGUCUUGGAUGGUACAAGAUGCAGUACAGACUCAGAGGGCCUUUGCAUCAAUGGGCAGUGUCUUGAAGCUGGCUGUGAUGGAAUUUUAGGAUCCAAUGUUCAGGCGGAUGUCUGUGGACACUGUGGAGGAAAAAAUGACACCUGUAUUUUUAUCCAGAGAAUUUACCAAGAUUAUUCCACGGUUUCUGGAUUCUUUGGUUACAAGAAUGUGACGAGAAUACCAGUUGGAGCUACACUUGUUAAAGUGACAGACCAAAGUAAGAACUACCUAGCUAUGAUGGAUAGUGAACAGAAUUUUUUGAUCAAUGGGAACUGGGCCAUUGACUGGCCAGGGGAAUAUGAGGCAGCAGGCACAAUGAUCCAUUACAGGAGGUCAGCUGACAGUCACGAAACAUUGGAAGUCACUGGUCCAACUCUCCAGGAUCUGUACCUCAUGGUUCUUCUACAAGAGCCAAAUCCAGGCAUUAAGUAUGAGUACUGGUUACCCAAUGAAAGCCCCAGCAAUGUUCAGGGGGAUGCAAGCCCUCUUCAUCAAUAUGACACUGAUGGAAGACCUGUUUAUACCUCCACAAAUCCAGAUGAAUCUGCUACUGUUAAACCACUGAUGGCCACAAGGACAGAGAGCCAGCCAGAUUUCUGCAGCAGGUGUAAACAGCCCAAAGGAAAGUCUCAGCGCAUCAGAGAAUACUGCCACAGUGACUUUGUGUUCCGUGUAAAGAUUGUAGGAAAGAAAAUAACUGGUCAAGAGACUCGCUAUGAUGUCCAGGUGAAGUACACUUACAAGAACAACUAUCAUGUCACUCACAGAGAGUAUGUCUGGGUUUCCAAUAUAUGUGACUGUCCCAGGAUUAUUGAACAAUAUGAGUACCUCAUGAUGGCACAGAGACAUGUGAACUUUGAACAUACACUGAACAGGAUUCUUCUUAGACACAACAGUUAUGUGAAACUCUGGUCCCCUAGAGAGGAUAUGUACCUCAGAAGCAUUGGAAAACACUGUCAUCCAGUUAAAUAAUUUGAAGAGCAGAUCAUUGUUCCCAGAUUUCUGGAGUUUUAUGUGCCAGUUCUUAGUAGGGGCCACAUGAUGAAAGUAUAUAUAGGACCUUAUCUAAUGGUGUGCCAAAUUACAUGCAGAAGUAGUUUAUGGGAGGCAAUAGAAACUGUUCUUGUUUGAUUGUUUUACAAUGGAGUGCUCUCUUCUUGUAUGUAUGUGUGUCACAGAAAUGGAGUAAGAACCAAUACAGAGGACCUGCUGAGAGAUGCAAAUUGAAAGUGAUUUUUUGGUGACUUCUGUGACAUUGGUCUAACAUGACUGGAGUUCAUUACUUGGGUAACCCAGCACCCAGAUGAACAGAUGUUUCUGUUAUGGUGCCAGAUGCUUCAAUGAUGCUGUAUUGAGAUGGAAGAAUGAGUUAUGUUUUGAGACCAUAUAUAAUGUGACAGGAUAAGGGGCACAGCAAAGUGCAGAAAAGCUACUGUAUAUGUGUUUUUCAUUUUGCUGUUUCAUUCAUGCUGUAUAUCAUAUAUUUUUGCUUUACCUGCAUAAACUGUUAGUUAUAUCUGACUACAGCAACAGUAGCUUAGGGGUUCCAGCUUGUUUAUAUAAUGGAGGCUUGAAUCUUCCAAAAAUAAGCAUAUGCUUUUUCUUUACCUAGAUAAAUAGUCUCUGUUAUGAUUAAGUAUCAUAACAGUACCUAAUGGGUUACAGCCUAUUUUAUUGAUGGAGGCUUGAAUCUUCCAAAAGACAAUCAUUUGCAUGUAUUUAUCUGUUUAAACUGUUAGUGUUAUUUUUAACUGCUGCAGCAGUAGCUUAUGGGUUUCAAACUCGUUUGAUAAUGGAACUUUGACUAUUCCAACAGACAAGACCUUCCUUUUCAGAACAGCAAGAAAACAAAUUGUUAGCAUUGAUAGCAGUGAAAACAUACCUAACGUGAAUUAAAGAUCAUAAGGUCUCUAUGCUAUAAGCCGUGGCACUGAACCUUCCAUUGCGGAACAUUUGUUGUUGUGUACCAAUACUUUCUUAAGAGUUUGUAAGUACAGUUGUAUAAAAUCUUACCAUGAUUAGAUGUCCUUGCCUUCACUGCUGCAGUAUUCUUAAAAGAUGAGAUUCCUUGCUGUGGAAGCCUGAUGUCUGGCCAGUCUACAAAAGCCUGCCGUUGGUUUAAGGUACGCCGAACGU